AAUAGUUACGUGCUUCGACCUAGACCUAUAAAAGCAAAAAUUUCUCUCAUCAUCGUAUAGUAUUCUAUAAAUUUCCCACAGUUAGGGUUUUUGCAAGGCAUAGUGAGGCGGCAAGCAGCGAGUCGUUCUUUCUCUCAAGCGUUCCAAAACAAUGGGUCAUUCAAAUAUCUGGAACUCACAUCCGAAGACCUAUGGUCCCGGUUCUCGUGCCUGCCGGGUUUGUGGAAACCCUCAUGGAUUGAUCAGGAAAUAUGGGCUGAUGUGCUGCAGGCAGUGCUUCCGCAGCAAUGCCAAGGAAAUUGGAUUCAUCAAGUAUCGCUGAAUGUUUGAAGGAUCUGUUACACACAUGCAUUGCCUGUGGCUUUCCCUGAAGUAUGAUUCAAAGAGUUUCUGUUCUUUUUCCUUUUGUUCUCUUCAGUAAUGUAUUGCUGGAUUAAGAAGUUAUUAUUAAACUGUUAGCUGUUUAACAUUUAAGUAGAACACAAAGUAAUUUUGUUUAAGAAUAUCUGAAGAUUAUUUCUUU